AUGGAGGACAACGGAAAGCGGCGGCAAGCUUCUGUUCGCGAUGGUGUUACAGAUCAAGACAAAACGGUUGUAAGCAAGAUAAUGCAACGGUUCCGUCCAAUCGCACCAAAACCAGCUGUCGGCGAAUCUUCUGGCGACACAAAGAGUUGCAGAUUCCUCGGAAGAAACCGAAGAUCUAAAAGAAAAUAUGUCAGGGUUCGGAAUAAAAAUAUUAGUAGUGGUAGCAGUAAUAAUAAAGAUAGGUUAUGUAGUAAUAUUAAAGCUCGUGGGGAUGGAGAGAACGCAAGAACGGAUCUUGACAAAGAGACAUACGUUGAUGAUAGGAGUGAUAUCGCCACCCUUCAGUUGCUUCCUGAAAAGGAUAUGGAUCCAAUAACGGCUUUAACGAUAUCAUCAUCUUUGGAUCGGACGGUGGUGGAGUCGUGGUUGACGGUAGAGUGUGUGAAUGUCAUGUCUACUGACUUGGGAUGGUAUCACAAGCUAAAGAUAAGCCGUAUGAAUGAAGGAGAUGAGAUAGUGAUGAGGAUGCUAGAUGCUGACACGUGUCCUUGGUUAGUUUCUGAUGGAUCAAACCGGGUGUAUUGGAUUAACCCGGCGUAUCGAAAUAUGUUGGGAGAUCCGGAUGCAGAGGUGACUAUCAAAGUGUGGCUUGUGGUGGCUACGGACCUUAUGGAGGAGAUGUCGUGCAUGUUGGAGUUGUACGGUGCGGUGACAUGCAGGGUUAGGGUUCGGUAUGAACCGUCGACGUGUAGGAAUGAGAAGAGUCACUCGGAGUCGGAGGUGAAGAUGACGGUGCCCUGUGAUGUAUGGAGGAUGGGAUCAGGUGGGUUUGCUUGGAGAUUAGAUGUUGAAUCUGCUCUAACACUUGGCAGGUAA